UCAGCGUCUGUGCCCGCAAAUUUAAGUCAUGGUUGUUAACUUACAAGUGGGUUGUAAUUUAUUAAGCUUCAUUGCCAUGGCUAAAUGGUCACUUUUAUUUUUAUACAUUUUCCAAGGACUACUUCCCCUCACCGUUGGGCAGCAGCGCACAGCUGGCCCCUGGCGACACCGGAUUCAGUGGGAAAACAACGGACAGGUUUACAGCUUAAUGAGCACUGGGUUGGAGUACCAGACUCCGUUUCGCUCCACAAGCCAGUCGAGGGUUUACGUGAGCAAUCGGAGGGAUGGGACCGGGAGCCGGAUGUCUGGAGCGCACAGAAGAAUGACACUUGUGAGAACCGGACCGACUGAGUCCAGACAGUUCAGAACUGAUCACAGCGCACAGCCGGGAUCUCUUACACCUGGACACGACAGUAGACAGUAUAUAUCCGAGAAUCGUCGCGCGUCAGGGGCCAGACAGCGACCUGACCGACCUACAGUAGGAGAUGUAGGCUAUCCAGACGCACGUCGUUUUAACGUUGAUUACAAUAGAAUCAUCAAUGCCUCUUCAUCAGGGAGUUCAGCAGAUCUGUCUGGCAGAGGCGGAGGUGCUCCCACUAUGGAUAACACCGCACUACACACCAGAAUGGGCGAAUCUGGACCCGGUGCGCAAAACCAGCAGUUACGCACGGUGCCGCCUGUCUCCAGGGAACCCGCUCAGGCUGAUCACUUCGUAUCAGCACAUCUGACAGGUCUGGAAAACGAAUCAGAGGCACCAGCUGCAUUUCCUGCACUUAGCGAGGCCGUUACAAACAGGAAUGGAGAGGACAUGGUCAACGAUGAUCCUCGAAACCCGUUUAAAAACCACAGGAAUUCUGUUUUCUACAACAUGUAUCCCAGCAGAGGGAGGUCAGCGGCCCGCACCCUCCGUCCGCCUGGCACAGGGUACGGAACAAGAUAUUUCCAGAACGGACUGCCAGAUCUUGUGCCAGACCCAUAUGCCAUCCAGGCAGGUACUUAUGUCCAGCGCAUGCAGAUGUAUGCGCUUCGCUGCGCGGCUGAGGAGAACUGUCUGGCCAGGACGGCUUAUGGACCCGCUGUGCGAGACAUCGACUUCAGAGUCCUCUUGCGGUUUCCACAGAAAGUGAAGAACCAAGGCACCGCUGACUUCCUCCCUUUCAAGCCCAGAUAUCAGUGGGACUGGCACAGCUGUCAUCAGCACUACCACAGCAUGGAGGCCUUCAGCAACUAUGACCUGCUGGAUGUUAUCACAGGACAUAAAGUGGCUGAGGGACACAAGGCCAGUUUCUGUCUGGAGGACACAAACUGUGAUCCUGGAUUCAGGCGGCGCUAUGCCUGCACAUCUCAUACGCAGGGUCUGAGCCCAGGAUGCCAUGAUAUCUAUGCUGCCAACAUCGACUGUCAGUGGAUUGACAUCACUGAUGUGCCUCCAGGAACCUACAUCCUGAAGGUUACAGUCAAUCCUAAUUUCCAUGUCCUGGAGUCAGACUUCACCAACAACGUAGUGAGAUGUGAUAUCACUUACACAGGAGUUUAUGUUCAGACACGCAACUGUCGAAUAACAAGAGCUUGAAAUCUUUGUAUCCUGGAACAUGUGCAGGAGUUUGGCAGCAGCACAUCUCUCCCUAUAGUGCACAGCCUCAUCAACUUAAGUGGGAAAAAAGUGUAUGUAACUGGUAAAAGUUUGUAUUACAGGUGUAAUGUGAGCUGCAUUCCUGCUAUGAAGUCUUGGGGUUGCAUUUAUUUGGAAAAAAUGCAAAAUCAGUUUACACAUACUUUGUAAAUGAAACUAGUGUCUUCAUCAAAUGUACUUGUGUAUUUCUAGAAAUGUGCUAUGAUUAGUUACAAAUUAUGUUUUGUUUUUUCAUUAACAAAUUCAAGUACUGUUCGUAGAUACGUUUAUUCCUUGAGUGCUACUUACUUGCUUGAAAUGUGUGUCAUGUUUGCCAUUUGAUGUCUUUGUCCUGUUUUUCUGAUUUGUGUUACUGUUUCAGCACAUUAUUAAUAGAGUUUUAUUUAACCUUGUAACAUCCACUUGCCAUACUCUUUUAGGGUUAAAGGUAGGGUUAAUGUUGGUUUAAAGGAGAUCUGUUAUGCUCAUUUUCAGCUCAGUAAUUUUUUAUUCAUUUUUACUAGAGGAGUUUUGUAUGAUUUGUAUGAUUUAUUUUAAACUGGGCCUGUGUUUGCUCACUGCAUAUUUUAGCUCAUUUAGCAUUUAGACCAGUCUGAAGCAGUCUGAGCUUCUGGCUCAGAGGGACUAUUUCCACAUACAGUGACCUCAUUAUUUGAAACUUUGGCCAUGUUUAAUAUGAAUAUCAACCACUCUAACACCAUAUAUGAGAUAUGAUCAAAAAGUUCUGGAAAUUAGGCUAUAACACCCCCCCACACACAUACACACACACACACAAAAAAAAAUAAAAUCUGAUUUAAAUUUUGGCCAAUCUCAUGUUCAUCGGUAUCUGCUCAUGCAUGUUUGGACAGCUUCUGGUGCAGCUACUAAUGUCAAAACUGCAGUUCUUCUACUGGCCACUUGAGGCUGGGUCCAAAAGGUUAAAAUGUCCAACCCUACAGCACUAAACAGCACACUUAAAGCCUGGUGCAAAAACGUGUUUGCUCUCUCUGGAUCACCUGUCUUCACAACUUUAAGGUCCGUGGAAAAACUACAAAUCGCACAGAAUGUGGUCAGAAAGGGACUUUCAAAAAAUAGCAGCCACUCUGGAACCUGUCCAGACAUGCAUGAGAAAAUGAACUUGAAACCAUCAGUCAAAUUUAAAUUGAAUCAAGUAUGUUUUUUUUGUUUGUUUGUUUUUGUUUUGAUUUUUUUAUGAUCCUAUUCCUGGAGCUUUUUGAUCAUACCUUGUAUAUAACAGAAAACAAGGAAAAGCAUAACAGGUUCACUUUAAUAUCUAGUGAUAUUUGUGGACUUUUGGGGCAUGCCCAAAUGGAAAAGGUUAUUACAGAACAAUUGUAAGGACCAAACACAUGUAUGAGACUACAUUUGCUUCUUUGGCAUGUGGCUCAGAAACAAUCUAACCAAACAGAUCACCUGGUAAUCUGGUGGACAUUAUGAGGUUUAUAUUUGAAAGAUGACGUAUUCUAGAUCUGAAGGAGAUCUUUGCUGUUGUCAACAAUUCUCACAAAAAGACCUAAAACAAAAUCAUUUUAUGGCUUGAGCUUUGUCUGUAUUUUGGACCGACAAGAUGUUGCACAACAUGUGGUGAAGGGUUUCUUUAAGAAAAAGAGAAGUUUUAUUCUCUGAAUGGCCAAAACAAUACACCGCAUGGGAUAAAGCAACCCAUUUUUAAUCUCAGGGCUAAGCCUUUAGUGGGUGAAUAGUGUGUAGUGUGAUCCUUUUUA